CAGCUACUAGUCCUUAUCGUCGUCGUCGACGACGUAUCCGUGCGAUGACGACGCACGUCUGUCCAGCGGAGUUGAACCCGCAAACGAAGCCAUGAGGAGCAUAGUUGGAUCAAAUGAGAAAAAGGACAACUGGUACAACAACAUACCUGAGUGACGCGUGUGUAUACCGGAAAAAUCCCUUGUUCCUAGGAUUGCAUUUUCAACCCGCAUAGGCUGCAUUACUUGGCAGAUUUGAGAAGAGUAACGCUAUAUUUGACGUUUUCUUUCAGUAUUUUUUCCGGGGUGCCCCCUUACGUCUCUUCUCUCAGUGAGACGUAGUAUUUGUGCUGGACGUUUACUGGCCCUCGCGCCAUUCGAACUAUCGUGCCUACACUGGAGAGAUUGACAACUCUACAACAAUGUACGCGAAGGGAAAGGGGUCGGCAGUACCCUCAGACAGUCAAGCACGAGAAAAGCUUGCUCUGUAUGUUUAUGAAUACUUACUACACGUUGGCGCACAAAAAGCCGCACAAACAUUCCUGUCGGAGAUUCGAUGGGAGAAGAAUAUUACACUUGGCGAACCACCAGGAUUUUUACACUCUUGGUGGUGCGUAUUUUGGGAUUUAUACUGUGCAGCACCUGAACGACGUGACUCAUGUGAACACAGUAGUGAGGCCAAAGCUUUCCAUGACUAUGGAUUUGUAAACAGUGGUUAUGGCGUAAAUGGAAUUACUCACAAUGCUGGACCAGCACCAUCUCCACUUGGGCAGUUGCCACCAAAUGAUGGCAUGCCUGGUGCCCCGAUGCCCCCUGGAUUCUUUCCAAACAACUCGACAAUGCGACCAUCUCCGCCCACACACCCCUCAUCACAGCCAUCUCCCCAGCACCCCCAGCCACCCCCGCCCCCACACUCGCAGAUGAUGUCCACUCAGUUUAUGCCCAGAUAUCCUGCAGGACCUAGACCAGGUGUUCGUAUGCCUCAAAUGGGAAAUGAUUUCAAUGGACCGCCAGGUCAACCGAUGAUGCCAAAUAAUAUGGAUCCAACUAGACAAGGACCACCGGGUAUGAAUCCCAUGAAUCCACGAAUGAAUCCACCCCGUGGACCAACAAUGGGACCAAUGGGUCCUGGAAAUUAUGGUCCAAGUAUGAGAGGACCACCACCAAAUAGCAGUUUAGGUCCAGGAGGACCUGGUGGUCCUGGAAUGCCUCCUAUGAGUAUGGCAGGACCUGGAAGACCCCAAUGGCAGCCAAAUACAUCAACACCUAUGAACUAUUCUUCAUCAUCCCCUGGUAAUUAUGGUGGACCACCAGGUUCGACAGGACCCCCAGGUCCCGGUACGCCGAUAAUGCCAAGUCCACAAGACAGUAGCAAUAGUGGUGGUGAAAAUAUGUACACAAUGAUGAAACCAGUACCUGGAGGCAACAUGCCUGGUGAUUUUCCAAUGAGUGGAGGACCAGAAGGUGGACCAAUGGGUCCAAUGGGACCCAAUACAAUGGGUCCAGUAUUAAAUGGUGAUGGUCUUGAUGGUAUGAAAAAUAGCCCAGCUAAUGGAGGCCCCGGUACACCAAGAGAAGACAGUGGCAGUGGCAUGGGUGAUUAUAAUCUAGGUGGUUUUGGUGGUCCAGGUGAAAACGAUCAGAACGAGUCAGCAGCCAUUCUCAAGAUCAAGGAAAGCAUGCAGGAGGAGGCCAAGAGGUUUGAGAAGGAUUCAGAUCAUCCAGAUUAUUUCAUGCAAUAACUCUCCCCGAGUAAUUGGAAUUCGCAACUCGGCUAAAGAAUUUUGCGACAGAAAUAUGUGUUUGAACGAGAUUUUGUCUUUUGUCUUUUUAAAAUCAUGUUUAUAUCUCGUGAGUAACAUAUAAACCGUUCGUCCCUAUUCCUUAUUUCUCACUCUUCCUAAGGAAUUUUUCUUUCUUUUACUCCGUUACAAAGUCUUCAAAACCAAAGGAAAGGUGAUGAUCGUCAAGCUUUCGUGAAAUUCUCUUGUCGUGUUUAAAUCAAUUUUUCUAGGACAAUCGAAAUAUUUGUAUACGUACAAAAAUUAUUUUACAAGGGUAAAUGUACGUAGUUAAAAAUAAAGAUUGUCUAAUAUAUCAAAAAGAAGAGAAUCACUUUAUGAGAAAGGAGAGUGAAACAAAGAAACAAAAACAAAAAACCAAAACGCACGAAAUGGGAUUUAUUAAAGUUGGCAUCAAUUAAAUGACGUUACUAUGGACUAAUAAAAGUAUCUACACAUUUGACAUGUGUAAAUAUAUCAAUGAUAGUGAUGUUUAAUUACUCAGGAUUGUCAGCAGGAUUCUCCAUGGUUGCUAAAAUAAAAGUGACAACGUAUGAAAUUGUUUGAUAAAAAAAAUUAGGCCAGUUUCUGCGAUUAAUCGCAUUUUACAACGGCGUUUGUUGUCAAUUGUGUUAAUUUAUACCGUUUUAUUUGAAAACUUUAAAUUAUAAAUUAAAUUAACGGUAUGAAUGCGAGUUGAUAACAAGAGAAUAAUAAAAUUAAAUGUAAUGAAAAUGUUUAAAGCGCAAAAUAUUGCGAACGAAUCAUUGUAAUCGCGACGAGAUGAAUAAAGUAUUGAAAAUGACUCGAGGAAUAUGAAAUUUUAAAAAUAUGUAAUUAGUUACAUAAAAUAAAUAAUAUUCGAUUUUCUACUGAUUUUAAUAGGAAUUAACUUUUAAAAAAAUUCUUAAAUAAAAUAAACUAUUUAGAAAAAGAUGAAUUAACAUUAAAUUAAAUAAUCAAAUAGGACUUGCCGUCCAAUCAUGAUUACUUUUUCCUCGAGUCAUGGCUUAAAUACGCGCAAUAAUUGAAAAAGAGCAAAUUUAUUGAAUAUGAGCGCGUACCUCACGCAUUCUUUGAAUUCACGCAUAAUUAAUGACAUAAUUGUAGGUAUUCUGUAUGAGUAUAGCAACAGUAGCGUAAACAAUAAUAAUUAUAAUUAAAAAUUAAGAUAAAAAAUAAAUGUCAUCUAUCCUAUACCAAAAA